AUGGGCCGGCCGUUGUUGGUCUUUGUUUUCGUCGCGUUGCUGGCAGCGGUCGCCGCCAAGAAAGCCGUAAAGCCCCCGCCAGCCCCGUACGCUCCGGAGUGCCGCAUCGACGAGCCGGACCUUUUCAAGGAGGCCGACCCGUCUCAGGUCCCGUGGUUCACCAUCGACCUCGAUGCCCCGGCCAAGACCCGAUAUGCCCAGAUCGCUCGCGUCUACAAGGACCAGAUCCCGCCCGUUCUUGAUGUGCUGCGCCAAAUGGUCGCUAUGAUCGUCGGAGAUCUUCCGCUUUUCGAGGUCCUCGAGUCGUUCUUCCGUGACGCCUUUGAGGGUGGACGCUACCCGCAGCCGUACAGGGAUGAGAUUCAGGGAAUCGCCGAUGCCUCCGGUGUCCCCGUUGAACAAAUCGCGAUGAUGAACGUCUUCUACGAGUUGUCCCGUUAUUGCACAUCCAUCGUUGCCGAAGACGCCACCGGUGGAAUGUGGCAUGGACGUAACCUCGACUUCGGCCAACUCUUUAUCUGGGACGUCAAGGAUCAGUCCUGGGGGCUGACCGAGGCCUUGAAGAAAGUUACCAUCAACCUUAAUUUCAUCAAGAAUGGAAAGCUGAUGUAUAAGGGAACGACUUUUGCUGGACAUACCGGAAUUAUCACUGGCAUGCGCAUGGGCGAGUUUACCCUCUCCAUGAACGCCAAGAUGGUGCCCGACAUUGCUCAACUUAUGGAGUGGCUUACCGGGGAUGUCAAGGACGUCCAUUUUGCCAUGUGGGUAGACCGCGAGACCAUGGAGAAGGCCAACAACUUUGAGGAAGCCCGCGCCUACCUCUCGACCGUCGAGCAAAUGACCGGAUGCUACUACAUUCUGGGCGGUAACAAGCCCGGCCAGGGUUCGAUCAUCAUCCGCAACGCUACCGCCAUGUACGAGGAGCCGAAGCUGCACGAUGGGGACAACGACUGGUUCGUGCUGCAGACGAACUACGAUCCCGAGCAGGAACCCCUCUGGGUAGAUGACCGUCGUACCGGAGGAAACGCCUGCAUGAACAAGCUCGGAAAGGAUCGUGUCAGCCUUGAGACUCUUUACAAGGUGCUGAAGUCCAAGACAACCCUGAACAAGACCACCGUCCACACCGUCAUCAUGUCCAUCACCCACGGUGCGGAAACGGGUGCGGAAAGCUGGAUUCGGAUUACGCACGAGAUGGAAGGACCAAAGAAUCGGGCGGGGGCCCUCGAACGAGAUCGGGAGAUCGCUUUUUCCUGG